CAUGUGGCUGCAGCGUGCACGUCACAGUGGGGAUCAGCACCUCGGACAGCGGCUGGUCAACAAUAAAGCAGCCGGAGCUCCUGCACCGGGAGCAGAGGCACACAUCACCUACCGGGGGUGGAUGGAUGAGCAGUUAUAAAAAAAUACCGCCUUGUUUACAGGAUGACAGGUUUUUUCUUCUUCUUCUUGUUCUCCCUAUUCCGGAAGUAGCUGCUGCGUUGGUUCAAUCUCCAAGCCGACCAUUUCGAGGAGGAAAAUCAGCGCCAGCAGUAUCAUCACCUCCAUCUAUGUGAUCCAAUAAUCAAUGCCAUUACUGCUGUGUAAUUGCUCUCGGAUGCAAAGACGUCUCCAGUCUUUUUCUAAUUAGAAAAAUCGCAGGGUGCCUUUUUUUUAAUUCAUUCUGCCUAUCUCUUUUUCUUUGGCCGUAUUUUUUUUUUUCUGGGGCUCGCAAUGAAAUGCUGAUGGACAUCGAGGAAGCGAGGAUGGGAAACAUGGGGCAUUUUUUUGGUACUACCGUUUUUCCAGCGAGGCUCCUUCUGAAAAAAUGACAAGGAUUGUGUUUUUAUUAUCGACGAGGAUUGUCGGGGUGAAUGGCUCCGUGGAUCAACCAGAGGCUUUACAAAAAGGAGAUGAUUUAGAGAGAAAGAAAGGGGGGGGGUUGAAAAAAAUGGACCAUGAUCUGACGCUUGGGAUGCUACAGUGAGGGGACAAUAAAAGAAAAAUAUCUAGUCAUCAUCUACUUCCAUUUCAUCUUCAAUUUCCUUUGUUUUUUGGAUUAUGAUUCUUGACGGGAGUCCCAGAUGUGACUGUGUGGAUGGCAGGUCGUUGUAUUUUACAUCCCAUCUUCUAUUUCCUGCCUCUGUGUUGCUCUCUCUUCCUCUCGUCCACCCUCUCGCAGUCUUCUGCUUUGGGUAGCAAAACAUGUAGGCUAUUUUCUGCUGCAAGAAAAAGAGGUGUCUCUGAAGAGAAAGCACCGUGGAAACCAGAACCUGUACAAGUUGUAGUGUUUUUGUUUUUUUGUAUCAUUGUCCUGGGGUGCGGAGGAAGAUGCACAUAUAGACAGCUGAGUUGUUUGAGUAAUGAAUAUUGAAAGAGUGUGUCGGCCAACUGAAAGGGAAAAUCUUUCAUCCGCAUUGGCUUAGACACACAUGCCAUCAGUGGGGCGAGAGCCUUUUUUAUUUCUCUGGAUUCCCAAUUAAAUGUGGUAUAAACAACAAAUACAAGAACAAUGAACAUAUUGGGUGUAUGAAAAAUAAUCACAAUAACAAUAGAGGCAGAGGAAGACCUUUUUAUUCCAGUCUGGCUGUUUCUUUAUGUAGCCAAACAUGUUCAAGUAUCGGAUCCGCAUGUUUUUUAAUGAACUGAAAGUCCUGGUGUUUAUGCGAUCCGAUUCGAGACCGUCCGGCUCAGACACAGAGAGACGGCCCGCCUCCACCAUGCGAGGUCUGGGGAUGGGCGGCUGCGGUUGGCCGCCUUUCGACUGCCAUUCCCGGGAUGAUGAGGAGGAGUACUACGGCAGCGACCCGCGGCCCCGGAGCCUGGCGUUUGAGGACAAGGAGCCCAAGCUGCAAGUGGGCCUGGACACCGUGUCUCUGACCAGCACCAGCAGCAGCAUGCGGAGCCCCCAGUGCCGGAUCUGCUUCCAGGGCCUAGAGCAGGGGGAGCUGCUGAGCCCCUGCCGCUGUGACGGCUCGGUGCGCUGCACCCAUCAGCCCUGCCUCAUCCGCUGGAUCAGCGAGCGCGGGUCCUGGAGCUGCGAGCUGUGCUACUUCAAGUACCAGGUCCUCGCCAUCAGCACCAAGAACCCUCUGCAGUGGCAGGCCAUCUCCCUGACAGUGAUAGAGAAGGUGCAGAUAGCGGCCAUUAUCCUGGGCUCCCUGUUCCUCAUCGCCAGCAUCUCCUGGCUCAUCUGGUCCUCCCUCAGCCCCUCGGCCAAGUGGCAACGUCAGGACCUGCUCUUCCAAAUCUGCUACGGCAUGUACGGCUUCAUGGAUAUCGUCUGCAUAGGCCUCAUUAUCCACGAGGGAUCGUCAGUGUAUCGAAUCUUCAAACGAUGGCAGGCUGUCAAUCAGCAGUGGAAAGUACUGAACUAUGAGAAAUCAAAGGACCUGGGCGACCCGCUGAGCUCGAGCAGCAAGACGGGGGCUCGUGGAUCUCGCGGUAACCCUCACGGUCUGGCCAGCAGCAGCGCGGGGCGACAGAGCAGGAGGUUAAGAACUAUUCUGAACCACCACUGUGGAUACACCAUCUUGCACAUCCUCAGCCAACUGCGGCCAAACGACCCGCGGAUCAGCGCCGCCGCCAACAGGGAGGUGGUGAUGAGGGUCACCACCGUAUGAGAAGAACCGGGGCAUGCGUGAUGGGAUAAACCUGAUGUAAAUGAGACUCGUGGACCUAUUAUUAAAGAACUACAGACUCAUGUGAGUGACGCCUCAUCGACAGACACUUGAGGAUGUCUCCUGGUGUUUUGUAGGAGGCCAGAUUCUCCUUUUCAAUAAUUAAAGGACUGAUGGAUGCAUUAAAAAGACAUGGAAAUGAAAUGUGUGCAGGAAAAAAAAGUGUAACAGGCUUUAUAACCUAAUCCAAUAUGACGAGACGUUUUUUCCAGUUCAAUAUCAGGAUGCACAAAGACAUGUUUCUUUGAUUUUAACCUCUUGGUUUGAUUUGUAUCUUCUCUUUUUCUGUUUGUUUUUUACUCACUUUGAUUUUGUACGGAUGUAUGAUUUGAGAGGAAAUCAUGUAACUCCAUACAUGCCAAGCAUUUUCAGACGACUAUGUGUAAUGAUCUUUAAAUUUAUACAAGAUAACCGAUGCUGGUAAAAAAAAAAAAAAGACCGAAAACUGAAACAAACAACACGAGGGAGAAACACAGAGGAGACAACAGAACAAUAAGUCAUAACAAGUAAAAAAAAGAAAAAGAUAAAAAAGAAGUAAAAAAAGAAAUCAGUAAGAUUUCACUGACACUUAACCUUUCUGCAAUAAAGAUACGUAUGUACAUUU